AUUGAAAGUAGCCGCCUUUCAAAGGGGAGUUGUAUAACUAGGAUAAUGUUUCUCGUAGGGAACAUAAUCUCAGGAUGUAUUAAGUGUACCUUCGCUACAUUCAGUCAUAAAAGCGUAGUUCGAUAAUAAGUGGUACUUAUAUGGUUAUUGUUAUUAUUUUCCCAGUAUGGAAACAGGAUCCAAUUGUUCUUAUGAUAAUCAUCAUCGUCAAUUAUUUAAAAAGGAUUCAUUAAAGUGUUUCUAUUCACAUCCAGUAACUGGUAAAAAUGAUUUACCAACAACACCAAUAACAACAAAUGCAAUUUCAACUGUUAGCCAUGAAUGUUCUAAAUUCGUAAUAACUAAUGAAACUUUAUCGCCACUCAAUAAUCAGAAUAAUUGUUCAAGUGAUUUAAAAUUCAUGGAUGAUAGUACUUCAUCAUCAUCGUCAUCAAUAUGCGGUUUGGAUAGUUUAGCUUGUACUGUCAGCGGUGGUGGAAUAUUAUCGUCAGAAUCACCAAGUGAUUUAACAGUAAUUACAUUAACAUCGAAUAAUUCUAAUAAAUCAUUAUCAUUGUCGUCAUCCUCAUCACAUACUCCUGCCACUGUUGUUACCGUUAUACAUGAUCUUGAUGAUUAUAGGAAUGGUUGUUCACAUAAUGGAUUACCUACUGGUGAAUCCUUACAAAAUACUCAUCAAUUACCACGUUCUUGUAUGUCUUUAAACAAAACCACUUCAUUUUUCAUCCCUCCUAAAUCAAAUAAACCUGUCGGUGGUGGCGAACAGUUGAAAGUGACUGGACCAUCAUCGUCAUCUGAUGUUAUGUUAAGUGUUAAUAAGACUUUAUCGAAUUUGUCAAAUCUUAAAUCACGUAUUCCAGUACCAGUUUCAUAUAACAAUAAUAAUCUUGAGAGUAGUCAUCGUCUGACAAUGAAGCCAAAUUUGACAGGAUCUCAGGUUAAUCAGGCUUCAAAAAAUGGUCCACUGAUAUCCGAUUUAUUGUUGAAUAAAAGAUCUGCACAUGGGUAUAAUCCAUCACCUAUCAAAUCAUCUGAAAAUGGUCAUAUUAAUGAUGAUGAUGAUACUAAUAAUAAUAACAACGAUAAUGAUGAUAGCUUAGAUCAUUCAGACUAUUCAAUUAACAAAAGUGUAUCUAUAAAAACAAAAUGUAAGACUACACAUGCAUAUCCUCCACUACCACCACUUUCAUCGAAUCGUGUUGAUUCUCAUAAAUGCACAACCAUGUCAUCGAAGCCAACUAAUCAUACCAUGUCCACAGUAGCACCACCAAUCCCUUUGUCACCAGUAACAACGGCGACGACGACAACGACAACAACACAUCUAAUGAAUAGUUUAGGCGAAAAUAUUGCAUCUUGUCCAAUUAAAUCACAUCCUAAUGAAACAUUACAAGAUACUAAUGGUAGUGUUAAAAAUACAGAAAAUAAUUUAAAAGAUCUUUUACCAACUUUUUCAUCAGACUCAUCAGAAUCAGAGGACAGUGAAUCAACUACAGAAUCAAUAUAUCAUCAACCACCAAAAGCUGCAGAUCGUAGUGCAGCUUUUAGACUGGCUAAAAGACUUUUUCAUUUAGAUGGUUUUCGUAUAACAGAUGUUGCUAAACAUUUAAGUAAACGGAAUGAUUUUAGUCAACUUGUGGGUGAAGAAUUUGCCAGUUUCUUUGAUUUCACCAAUCAACGUUUAGAUGUUGCGUUAAGAUCAUUUUUAAACAGUUUUUCAUUGACUGGUGAAUCACAAGAACGUGAACGUAUAUUGUUACAUUUUUCACGACGUUUUCACGCGUGUAAUCCAACUAGUUAUUCUUCUGAAGAUACUUGUCAUACUUUAGUCUGUGCACUUAUGUUACUCAACACGGAUCUGCAUAGUCAAGGAAUAACAAAGAAAAUGUCUUGUCAAGAUUUUGUUAAUAAUCUAACUCAAAUGAAUUGUGGAGAUAAUUUUUCUAAAGAAGAUCUGAAAGUGUUAUACAAUGCUAUUAAACAGGAACCAAUACGCUGGCCUCAUUCUGAUGCAAAUAUGAUGGGUUUUGUUAAUUUAUAUUAUCCUGCACCACCAAAUGCUCUUGGUCCACCAGUGGUAGGUGCUCCAGUAGGUGGGUUUCUUACAGCAGCCAAUUUUUAUGCACCAAAUCUCCCUCAGACACAUUUUAUGUUUAGUCCAUUGCAAAAUACUGCUUAUCCUCCGAUGAUUUUCCCACAUGUAACAACAUCUCAACUAAAUGAUAAUACCACUAUCACAUCGAAUUCCUUAUCGUCAGCAAUAUCUCCAUUGACCACUUCUCAACUAUCGUAUUCAUCACCGCAUACUGGAAUGUCACCACCCUUCUAUUGGAACCCGAAUAAUUUCACUGCGCCAUUGUAUGAUGAUCAAUCAAAUUCCGGUGUUGUAUCAUUUAUGAAUUCAAAUCAGUUAAAUGCUUCUGUGUUGCCAAAUCUUUAUACACAAUCAUCGUCUGAACAGCUUCAACAACAGGCAUUACAGUUAACUCAAGCAAAUCGUAAAUUGAAUGAAUCUUCUGGGCUAAGUCCUUAUCUAGAUUUAACGGCAGAAAUUAACGCCAAAGAAUAUAUGCGGGGUUUAUUAGCUCGUAAAUGGGUCAUGGAGUCAUAUAAAAAGAAAACUCCUGUUGGACGUCGUAGUUGGAAAUUGUAUUAUGCAAGACUACGUGAUCUUGUCUUAUAUUUAUAUAAAAAUGUAAAUAUUGCAAAUAAUGCAACACAUGCUGAAGAAUUACACAAUCUUUACUAUCAGCAACAACAACAACACCAAUACCAACAACAAAAUUAUCUACAACAACUUUUUAUUCAACAACAAAGACAACAACAUUUUCUGUUACUUCAACAACAACAGCAGCAGCAGUACCAACAUCUUCAACAGCAGCAUCAACAGUAUCUUCUACGUAAACACCAAUCUCCUGAUGAUGAUGAGGAAGAAGUGGAUGAGGUAGAGGAGGAGGAGGGAGAGAGUCAUGGGGACGAUGAAGGUGUUGGUGUUAAUGCUACUUGCCAUUCUGACGGUAAAAAUAAUUCUACUGUUGAACCCUCAUCAUCAUCAUGUAUGAAGGACCAUUCGUGUGUAGUAACUGAUACUGUUGAAAAUCAAUCUGAAAUUGGAAAUAUGAACGAAAAUGGACUCAGUAUUUUGUCUGUCGGUAAUGAUGAUGAUGAUAAUCUUGAUGAUUCACCUACAUCAAAACAAUUAACCACUUCCAUAGAAAGUCAACAAUCGUCUAACACUUCCGAAUAUACUGUUGAAACUGUAGAAAAUUCAUCAAAAGAACAUAUGAAUAUGAAUGAUGAUUUAGCUACAACAAAUACAUUACAAAUUUCAUUAACAACAAUUCCACAAAGCUCAAUUGUAACAUCAAACAAUUCUACUAACACUAUGACAUCGUCUUUUUCUACAUUUAAUCCAAUAUUUUCUACUCCUUACAUUAUAACACAACACCAACAACUGUCAUCAAUUCAACCAAUUCCAAUGAAUACUACAACUACUACACCACCGUCAUUUGUUCCACCGCCAAUUCCACCACCUGAAACAAUUAUUCGUCUAGCCCAUGCUUAUGCAUGUAGAGCUACAGAUUAUGUGAAAAAAUCCAAUGUAUUCCGUUUACGUACAAAAGAAGGCGGUGAAUUUUUGUUCGAAGUCAAUGAUGCAAAAGAAGUAGAUAUUUGGAUUGAUCGAAUUAAUUUUGUUGCAGCUCUUCUAUCUGCACCAUCUUUAGCAUCAGCUGUUAGUUCAGAGCGAAAUUUUCAUCGACCUCAUUUACCUGCAACAUAUACUAAAUUAAAUAUGCGUGAACAACUUGAGGAACAUCAAAGACGUUUGUUAGAGUUGGAUCAGGAAUUGACUGAUUUACGUUCUCGUCUACUUGCCACCUCUGUUAGUAGUAGUGGUAGUAGUAGUAAUAAAAAUCGUAAGAUUUCUUCAAAUGCACAAUCAUCAUCUCUUGAUGAAACUGUGAAAUCAUCAUUAUCUAAUGAAGAUAAUAUAUCAACUUUGGAAACUGUUAUUGCCACCACUCCUACUUCUACUACUAAUGUUAAUAAUGUAAACACUGACGUGUUAUCCACAGUUGCUGACAAUUUGACCAAUAUUACUACGACAAUAACGACUACUACUGCUACUCCGUCUUCCUCAGUAACAUCUCAAUCACAGUUGAACUCAAUAAAAUCCACUGAGACAAUCAAUACUAGUGCUUCAUCGACAUCUAUUCCCUUCUCAUCUAGUUCAUUCAUGUCCGUCUUUUCAACAGGUAGUCUAGGCAGACGUAGGAAAGGUAGUAGUGGUUCGUUAAAUUCCAACAGUAACACAACACAUGGAUCUGAUGGCAGUAGUGGUAGUCUUAUAAUCAGUGCCAAACAACGUGCUGAAUAUGAAGAACGUAUACAAUUCAUGGAAUCUGAGAUUCAACGGUAUAAAACUUACGCUCGUCUCUUAGAAACAGAGCUGUUCCGCCUACAACAGUCUUCAUCAGUCGCUGCUUUAGCUGCAAGUAAUCCUUUUGUCCCUUAUGUGAGUGGGGGUUAUCCUAAUCCUAUGUGUACUAAUCCCACAGUUGGUGGACCAAUUCAAUACAGUGCUAUUAAUAAUCCAAUACGAACAAAUAUGAACUUUCCUAUUAUUGGUACAUCGCCAGCUCCACCACCUCCACCAAUGUAUUUUGUUCCUACUGGAUAUCGUGAUCGAAAUACUAGUGCCUCCACGGUUGCUACUAGUCGUGGUACGUCAGUUAUGACACAUUUAGCCGUAUUAGGUCCUCAGAAUUCAUUGAAUGAAGAAGUUGUACAAACGACAACAGGUUCUAUCACGUCCGUUUCGACUACUACUAUUACUACUUCUACUAACACUACUGUAACACUAUCGUCUAAUAAUAGUAAUUCAUCGAAUGAAUUGAAUUCUAUCGAUAAUAAUAUUAUUAGUCCAGGUGUCAACAUCACUACUUCAUUAGCUUACCCAGUGCAUUCUCAAUUAUUUCCAAUAAAUAGUACUAGAUAUAAAACAUUUAUAUCACCGUAUUUCACAUCACAAAUACCAUCGAUCAAUCCAUAUUCACCGUCUGUCAGUGGACGAUUUUAUCAACAACAACAACACCAGUCUAGACGAUUACGUUAUUCUUCACCAUUGAAUAAUCUAUAUCAUCAUCAACAACCACAGAAUGUUAUUAUCAAUGGCACUACUAGUACUACUACUAAUAAUAAUAGUAAUAAUGGUCGUUUUAAUGGUCUAGUUAAUGGAUUUCAGUUAACUGAAGAAGAUUCAUUCAACGAUAAACUCCUCAUUACUACUAAUACUUCCCCAUCAAAUAAUAAUUUGAUCAUGAAUACAAUCACAGAUGAUAUGUCGUCCACGUGUAAAAUUGCAAAUGACUGUAGUAAUAAUUGUAAUAAUAAUAAUAAACUUAUACAAAAUUCCCAAUCAGUUUGUUCAACAAAUGGUCUAUUUUACGAGAUUGUAUAAUCGGUGUUAUUGUCAUUAACGCUAUUGUCCUUAUGUUGUUUCAUUCUCUUUAUUAUUGUAAUACUCUCUCUAAAAUCUUUAUCUCCUAUCUUUAGUUAUUGUUAAGUUCUGUUAAAAUGUUCUAUUCUGGUUUCAAGUUUUCUCUUGUUAUUAUUGUUUUCUGCGUAUAUAGCACAAAUGCGAAACGUAGCAGUCAGUCACGAUUACUAUUGUAAUGUAAUGUAAUGUUUUGUUUCACUAGUGUUAAUUUAGCUUUGAAUGUGCAUCGUAUGCAACAAUUAUGUGGAGUUAGUGUGGAGCUCAAACGGUUGUGUUUAUUUUGUCCCAUUUCGUCCAUUACUUAAUGUACUUGUGUGUGACACAUAUUGCCAUAUGCAUUACCAAACCGUUUAAUGUGUUUAUUUAUUCGAUGUAUUUCCAACUUCUCUUCCUCUUAAUCUUAUUGAUUUAAUAUGUCUCUUUUGAUAGAUGAGCUUGCAUGUGUAAGCACGUGCCACAUUCAUCAUUUUCUAAACCCUCUGUUUAUUAUCUAUUAGUCUUUUACUAUUUGUUACAUCAUCGUAUUCAUAUCUUAUCUCUUUUCUUUACUCAGGUGUAUGUAUGUCACUGUAUAGUCAACUCGUUUUUGAAAUAGUCAUCACCUUCUUCUUACACCAAAUAAGAUAUAUAUAUACAAGAUGAGCAUUUUUUUUCUCUGCACAGGAAGUUAAACUAGAAGUAUAUAUUUAAUAGGAAUUUGUUGUUGUUGUUGUUGUUAGUUGAAACACUGUAAAAUUGAAUCAUCUUCCCUCUUUUUUUUCUCGUCUUUCUAUUCUCGUAUGUACAAUGUUUAUUUGUUUGUUUAUAUAGUCAUCAUCUAGUCAAUGUUAAUUCCUUGAAUUUCUUAUAGGUUCCUAGGUUCAAUAUUCAAUUGAUCUCGUUUAGCAACAUUAUCACAACUGAUUCUUCACUCUUCAUAUUUUUUCCGACACUGAUUAUGGAAUUAUGAUGAAGAACAUUGUUCAAUGUCAAAAUAUGAAUAUUAUACACAUUAUCGUCAUUAUUAUCAUGUUCUUUUUCACACUGUUCUCCCUUCUGUAUACCAGUACUAUUAAUGAUUCCAUAAUUCAUUGGAUUUCUUUUUAUAAUUAUUGGAUUAUGCAAAGAAAGAAAUUUAUUUUUGCUUGUUAUUCACAUACUACUAUUAUUAUUAUUAUUACUACUACUACUACUACUUUAAACCUCCAUAUUGAUUUCAUUAAUGAAUGAAUAUAAUCACUGAAAUGCUACUAAUAAUGACAAUAUGAUUAUUAUUAUUAUUAUUAUUAUUAAUUUAUUGUAAAGUUGUAAAUGUUUCUUUUUGUGUCCUCUAUUCUUCUACUUUUUUUGUUUGUUCAAUGUUAAAGUUAAAAGAAGAAGAAGAAAAAAAAUCCAAAUUUUCUAAUUGCGUAUAAUUUGUGUAUAACUUCAAUUCCAAAUUCAUUAAUAUUUCUCUGUCUCUUUAUCUCUCUCGCUCGCUCACUCACUCACUCGCUAUGGAUCGCUAUUAUUAUCAUCAUUACAAAGAACACAUACAUAUACAAACAAACAAAUCAACAAUUAGUUACUAUCUCGUAAAUGAACACUUUAUUCAUUUGAUUAAUAACAAGUAAAGAGUAUGACAAUUGCUUAAAUCUAUUGAUUAUUGUUUUUUGUAGUUAUUAUUAUUAUUAUUACCAGUGAAAUAGACAAAUUAGAGACAAUAUUGUUGCUGUGGGUGUUGUAGUGGUUGUUUAAAGAACAACCUCAUCUCAUUGACCAACUGUUUUGUUUUUUUGUUUGUUUGUUUAUUUCUCUAGUCUAAUAUUCUACAAAAACAAUACAAUUUAUACUACUUACUACCUUGAUUUAUUAUUAUUAUUCUCUUGUUUUAAUGAAUAAUGAAAACCCUUUGUUUUGUUUUGUUUUGUCAAUUUUUUUUAAAAAUUUAUCAAAAAUGAUAACAUACUACUAAUAAUUCUACUUAAUGUGAGGCAUUGAAUCAUAACAAUAAUCUGAUGAUUGUUUUGUUUUGUUUGUUUUAAUUCAAUAGGAAUUUCACUUUUAAACUAUUCACAUUACUAUCCAGUUUUGUUGUUUUUUUCUCUCGAACUAUCCAUGUUCAUGUUUUGGUCACAUACACAUUAAUCCUUACUACUACUACUACCACUCACUCACUCUCUCGGUCUCUAUUCUAUGCUAUUUCUACAAUAUUAAUUUUUCUUUUAAUUUUAUUUUAUUAUCUACAUUGAACAAUGGCGCGCACAUUAAUUAUUUUAAAAUAAAUAGUCUUUCUUUAAAACUAAAGACUAAAUAAACUAUUUAUAUCAAUAUGAAACCAAGAUAAGAAAUAAAAUUUUCUUACCUCAUUCAAUAAUGAUCACAAAUACUUUUGGCAUGAAUAAUGUUUAUUGAAUUUUUAAUUCAAAGUGCCUGACAAUCAUUUAGGUGUUCAAUAUCCCUAUUUGUUUGUUUGUUUGUUUUUAAUGGAGAAUUUAGUGUUUAUUUACAAUUGAUUGAUAUUUUCAAUUGUUGUUGGUGUUCAUAGGUUCUUUUUCCCCCUCCCCCUCUUUCUCUCUCUGUCUCUCUCGAAAUUCAUUACAACAUUAUGCCAGUGAAUGAAUAGAAUAUAUUUGUAUACAGUACAACGAUAUUUCUUACAAUCUCUAUUUCUCUUGUUUGUUUGUUUGUUUUUAUCAGAAUGAAAUUGACAUGAAUUUUAUCAAUAACAAUAUCUAUUCAACUAUGUAAGUGUACGUGUUUUGUACUUAUUAUUGAUUUCUCUAUUCUUUAUACUCUUCUUUCUAUGCUUAUAUAUAUAUAUAUAUAUUGGUCUUUUUAUAUCUCUCUUUUUUUGGUAAGAUAUCCUGGUGACGUUUUCUUUGAUUUUCUUCACAUCACCCUCUUCUAGUUCUCUUUUACACUGUUUUUUUUCCUAAUCCCAUUACACGUUUACAGCACUUCAUAAUGCCGUUACAUUUAAAGUUUGUUUGUUUUUUUUUCUAACUGUAUAUUGCGUAAUGCAAAUUUAUGUGAAUAUUAUAAAUAAACUUAUAUAUCUAUCUAUAGAAUACUUUUCUUGUCUUUUGUGAAUUCGGUUUUUAUGUUGUAAUGUAUUAGGAAAAUGAAAUUGCUCUUUGUAUCGAUUUAGGUGUGUACCUUUACCUAAAAAAUAUGUGAACAUUUUAAACUGAUUCGCUGACGUAUAGUUGUAUCAUUGACUUAUUUUAUUUUCAUGUGAAUUGACAGAAAGCAAGUCGUCAGUUGGUUAUAUAGUUAAGUAGUUGAAAUUGUGUUUCACUCUCGAAAAUAACGAGUUUUUACUACUUCAAACAUGAAAUGGGCAGAUUAAGUGAUUAGUACUUACUUACACCUGUUACUCCUCGUGAAGGAGCAUAGGUCGCUCACCAGCAUUCUCCAUCCAACCCUGUCCUGGGCAAUCCUUACCGGCUCCUUCCAGUUGUUAUUCAUCCUUUUCAUAUCUGUUUCUAUUUCCCGACGUAAUGUGUUUUUUGGCCUUCCACUUUUCCGCUUCCAUUCAGCAUUCCAAGUUAGGGCUUGUCUCGUGAUGCAGUUUGACGAUUUGCGUAAUGUAUGUCCUAUCCAUUUCCAUCGUCUUUUCCUAAUUUCUUCUUCAGUUGGAAGCUGGUUUGUUCUCUCCUACAGAAGGCUGUUGCUGAUGAUAUCCGGCCAAUGGAUGUUGAGUAUCUUGCGUAGACAACCAUUUAUAAAUACUUGCACCUUCUGGAUGAUGGUUGUAGUAGUAGUUCUCCAAGUUUCAGCUCCGUACAGUAAAACUGACUGUCUUGACGUUGGUAUUGAAGAUUCUCACUUUGAUAUUGGUUGAAAGUUGUUUUGAGUUCCAUAACUCCGCCUGUUGCACUUCUAGAGUUACUGCCGGUCCCAUGCCCGUGUUAAAGAGGAGGGUUGGACAUGGGGUUAGCGGCCCCAUCACGUAAAAAACUAACUCACUAUAAAAGACGCUCACCAGAAAAAAAUAAUUCAAACCAUUUAAGUGCUUAGUUCUGAUCUGUUAUUAUUCUUUUUGAUUGGUAAAUUCAAGCUUCAUUUUAACUACUUCGGUUUGACUAGCUGGUUGAGUAUCUGUAGCUCGCAUACAAAUAUGUGUGGAUUCAAAGUAAGUACAACCGAGUUUCUAACUAGCUGAUACAGUUCAGUAAAUAAAACUAUACAAAAUUCUACCGUUGGUAAAUAUUCAUGGAAUUUUCCACUAAAUCGCAGUUUUGAACUACACUUCACAAACUUAGAUCUCGGUAGUAGUAGUAGUAGUAGCCCUUAUAUAUACGCAAAACGUUUGACUUGAAGAGUAACAUAUGAACUUGUACGUAGUUAAUAAGCUACAAUAGGAACAAAAUAGUAACCGCUUAAUUAUGUAUAAAUAUAGACUGAGAAAAACUGAACUAUACCAACAAUAUUGAAUGACUUAUUAGCCAAUCAGAGAAUAAUGUUUAAUUAUAAACUAAUUAAUAUCAGAUAGGUUUUGUGGAUAUUAUAGUAAUUUCAGUGGUUAAGAUCAUGAGUCAAUUGAAGCUAGACCACCAUGGAAAACCUGGAAGCACUGGACGGCCGUUUCGUCCUAUUGUAGGACACCCCAGCAGUGCGCAUCCACGACCUUAAUCAAAAGUAAUUUAAUUACUGUGGAUAAAUAGUUUUGACAUGAUUAAUAGCCAAUUAUAUUUAUGAUAAACGAAAAACAAACACAACUAUAUUGUCAAUCACAUCAAGUACUGUCGGAAAUAAUCCACUUUGUUAGCAUGUUUUUUUACUUAUACUUCAGAUUAUGUACCGUGUC